AUGAAAACAAGUAGUAAACUGUGUUUGAGUGUGUGGUUUCUGUGUAUUUUUGAAUGGAGUGAUGCUGAUUUUGGUAGGAUAUCGCUAAGCAUAGGCAUGAAAGGAGACCUUGAUGACGAACAAAAUUUAAGUGUCAGAGCGCCGUGUCCACCACACACAACAUGUGCUCCUAUCAGCUCAUGCCCACUCUUAGAAGAUCUAAUGGACUUUGCUUGCUUUUCUUCUGAUAAAUACUUUCACCGGCUAAAUCAGUUGAUUUGCAACAACGUGAAUGGCGAAGACUACGUGUGUUGUCCAUCGUGUGACUGCGGGCGGGUCUAUCAGGCAGGCACCGAGCACUGCGGUCAGAGUAUGGUACGAGGCGUCGACUAUAAUGGUCUAGGAAGACAUCCUUGGGUUGCUAGAAUUGGAUUUACACAUAAAGACACCGGUAACAUAAGGUACGCAUGCAGUGGCUCCAUCAUAGCCAAACGCGUCGUGUUGACUGCCGCUCACUGCGCUCUCGCUAAACCAGAGGGAUACAAAUUGUCCACAGUAGAGGUGGGCGAAUGGGAUAUCGGGCGCAAGUCUGACUGUAACGAUUUCUUCUGCGCACCACCUACACAAGCUAUCAAGGUGGAGAACGUUAUUGUACAUCCAGGAUAUGAACAGAAGAUAUUCAGACACGAUAUAGCACUUAUCGUGCUUAAGGAUGAAAUUAAGUUUUCAGUGACAGCAGGUCCGAUCUGCCUGAAUGAUAAGCCGGAAAUCGUGAUCAACGAACGUGCUACGCUUGUUGGAUGGGGGAAGUUAUCCGGACAAAGCAAUCUGGUAAGCCGCCAACAACAUUUGGAUGUACCACUAGUACCGCUUGAGAACUGUGAACGGAUAUUUGGAGAAUCUGUGCCUGUGAACGAAGGUCAGCUGUGCGCCGGGGGUGAAGAAGGCAAAGAUGCCUGCUCAGGAUUCGGAGGAGCUCCACUGCUAUUGGUUAGAGAUGGUCGUCACGUGCAGCUGGGCAUUGUGUCAUUUGGCGCUGAAAAUUGCGGCAGCGAAGGUAUCCCGAGCGUCUACACUAACGUUGCGAAUUACUACCGUUGGAUAGUCGACAAUUCUCCUUCAUAA